CGUUUUGUUUUACAUCACCACUGGUUGUGUGUCACUGCUUCUCCAUGUUGUCGCUGCAGUUGCUUGCUUCCUCACCAAAAUAAUCACUCUCCCCAAUACACUUUCUCUCUUUUCCGUUACUCACCGGCCCCAAAUCCUAAACUCUAGUUCCAUCCAUAUUUAGUUUAAUUAUAUUAUUAUUUUAUCACAGAAAGAUCAAUUAAUUUAUUAUAAAAAUCAGAUAAUCUUCAUUUUCAUCGAUAUUAGUACCUGCAGUAGUGAACGUAAGUGUGGCGAUUCCACUUUUUUUUUUUUGUCAAAAUCAUUUUCGUGUCUUCGCAGCUUCGAAUAAUAAAAAGCUAGUUAGCGUUAAUCAUAAUCGUAAAAUAAAUAAAAUAAAAAACUAGUAUAAUAUCAUGAUGUGUUGUAGUUGUCGUUGUUGUUCGCUUUGCAAUUUUUUCUUCUAGAACACCGCCUCAGCCACACUACAAAGACGCGACGACGCACAGAAGGCGAAGAAGCUAAACGACGACGCAGCGUUAUGGAAGACGAAAUGUACGGCGUGUCGUCCACGACGGAGUACUCGGACGGGGCGCUGAUGACGCCGGAGAACAUAUUCCCGGCGGAGUACCACAGCUUCCUAAUGUCCUCCGCCGCCCGGAUUCCGAUGUUCGGAUCCGACGAGCUUCUCUCCGCCGUCACCGCCGGCAACGAAACCGAACCCUACCCUGGCGCCACCAUCGCACCGGAAAUUCAGCGCCAAAACGACGCCUCCUCUCUCAUCAAAGCCAAAAUCGCCUCUCACCCUCACUACCCUCGCCUUCUCCAAGCCUACAUCGAUUGCCAGAAGGUGGGAGCGCCUCCAGAAAUCGCGUGUUUGUUAGAGGAAAUCCGACGAGAAAACGACGUUUGCAAGAGAGACGUUGUUGUUUCCACGUGCGUUGAAGCCGAUCCCGAACUCGACGAGUUCAUGGAAACCUACUGUGACAUGCUGGUGAAAUACAAAUCUGAUCUGACGCGGCCUUUUGACGAAGCCACCACCUUCCUCAACAAGAUCGAAACUCAGCUUACCGAUCUCUGCAGUGGUUCUUCUCUUCUAACACUUUCCGAUGAUGGGGGUGUAUCUUCAGAAGAAGGUUUUAGUGCUGGAGAUGGUGAUCCUCAAGAUGGCCAAUUACGGAGUGAAGAUCGAGAGCUGAAGGAUAGGCUUUUACGCAAGUUUGGAAGUCACAUUGGUUAUUUGAAAUUGGAAUUUUCAAAGAAGAAAAAGAGGGGUAAGCUGCCCAAAGACGCAAGGCAAACACUACUUCAAUGGUGGAAUAUUCACUACAAAUGGCCAUACCCUACGGAAGGUGAUAAGAUUGCACUGGCUAAAUCAACUGGGUUAGACCAGAAGCAAAUUAACAACUGGUUUAUUAAUCAGAGAAAGCGUCACUGGAAACCAUCUGAGAACAUGCCGUUCUCUAUGGUGGAUGGUCUCACCGGUCGGUUCCUUACUGAUGAAUGAGGUGUGUGCAUGUGCAUGUGCAUGUGCAUGGCUAGUACACUCUCCAAUGUAUAUCCUAAUUAUUAGUUAUUAUUUCCUGUGCUUUAUUCUGUAAAUUCUGAAAGCAGAAGGGGUUGACAUUGAAAUGCUUAAUUACUUCCCUGCAAAAAAAAUAUGGGGAAUGAUAGUGUAAUUUAUUCGCUUCACUUGUAUUCUUGAAUCUUGAUAAAUAACUGCUGAUGACAUCGGGAAUGGUAUGCUUUUGUUGUUUUGGUU